CAGAGUUAGCCCUGGCUAAAUGAGCGAACCUUGUAUUAGGGGACGGCGACCCCUUGUCCAGUUCUCUCCAUGCAAUGUGCGCGUGUCCCUGUCCCCCGCUUUGGCUUGCACAAUCCACUUGCUCCUCCGUCGUUCUCUUUGUACAGAGUCCGAGUUGUUCCACAGUUUUCUGGCGAUCGCGGCUCCGUCUCUGCGAUAUAUCGCCGUGCGCAAGGUCGCCAGCAUUACUCUCCGUGAUUAGUUUUCAUCUUCUCCGUCUUGUCUUCUAGACACAGGCUCCACCUACCGUCGAACCUCGGGUGCAAGCCGAUCGUAUACAGCCUCGAAGUAGAGAUUGGAAGAAAUGUCCAUCGUGAGCCCGCCCGUACCUGUUCUGUUCUUACCACGCCUAGCCUUCCAGUGUGUCUGUAUGCUGGUAGCGAAAUCACCCUCCCUUCAUCGCUUCUGAAGUUGUUUGAGCGAGGAUGAAUUUCAAUAGAGGGAUGAUUAGAUCCUAGAAUCAUGUGCGGUGGUGCAGGGAGAACGAUGUAGGGCAUGUCGCGAUCAGAGUCGGAUGUGACAACACAAAUUUUCCAGACUAAGCAAUGUGAACACACGAUGACAGCUUCAGUCGGGGUUGGACCUUCAUGCCUCCUGUUUCCCCAGGUUCGAGGUUUGGAUUUGAAUUGCAACUUCUCUGCUUUCACUUUCCGCUACGUCUUCUCAUCGCUCUUUUUUAUCAUUGAAGGAGAUUAGUGUCCAGGUCAAGAGACCAGCACUAGGGCGGAACAUGUGCUCCGGAGGACAGGAUAGUCCGGACAUUUUGGGCAAGAGUUAGACUAGGUUUCUCGAGGGGAGUAUAAGGCGAGAUGAAAGGGGAUGGGGCAAUCACAGAUAGGUGGCAAUUGUAUGCUGGAGAUGUAGCCGAAAGUCGAAUGGGAGUUGCUGUCGAACGGAAGGACGCCGAGGAUCGCUGGCUGCCGCGGAGUACUGAUGUGGAUGCGAGAUGGAGUCCUCCUGGUGUGAGAGGUGUCGAGAAGCCUUACGAUCGCUUGGAAGACAGAAGCAACUAUCGGAAGGACAAUUUGCAGGAAAGUCGACCUGGGAAACGGAAACAUCAAAAUUUGAGGGAUAUAAGUUCUGACCGAAGCCGGGAACAUAGUUAUGAUAGAAGUAGGAGUAGGGAGCGAAGUUAUGACCCUAACCAGGAGGAGUGGCGCACACGUAACGAUGUCGGUCGUUAUAAUCACUUCGGAGGUAGGAAUUUCUCAAAUUUUAGGGGUGGGCGAGGCAAGAACACUGACCUGUCAUCUCCGUUAAGUAGUAGAUGGCGAACGCCUGGUGGAGAGGAUGACAUUGAUUCUGGUAGAGGUAAUGUCAAAUACAGCAGAGAAAAACAGGAAAGACGUUUUUUGGGACAAACCCAUAGUCGCUUUAGCGGUCAUUUAAAUCGUGAAAAUUAUUCUCAUCAGCCCAUCAUAGAGGGUAAGAGCCAUACUCGAGAUGCGCAAGUCUCCCACGGAAUGAUUGAGCAGCGAGGUACUACAACGAGUGCGACUAGAUCACAGGCGAAUGAUCUAGAAGAGAAUGACCAUGGGGAGAGAACGAACUCUAAACGAUCUCGGGUUGCUUACGAUGAGCUGUCUGAUCUUUCAGAUGGUGGAAGUUCGAAAAGGACCAUAUCUGUUUUUUCAAGAUUGUCUUGGGGCCAAGAGCCUGAGGACAAGUUACACAGUCUACCUACAAAGAAGUCUGCCAGUGAAGAUGCACCAUCGAAAGAGUUGGAGAUAUCCAAUGGUUCAGAGAAAAGAAUUCAGAAGGUAGGGGGUGAAGUGCAGACUGAGGCAUGUUCGAAGUUUGUUCUGGAAACACCUCAAAGAGGAUCUGGAGCAGUAGUGGAUAAGUUCACUGUCAGAGACACUUCUCUUAAGAAACAAUCAAAGACUUUUUCAAAAUCGACAUGCUUAUCUUCCGGUGGCAGUAGUAUGUUAGCUGAUUUGGAAGUUCCAAAUGAGACUACCAGAGAGAAUCUUGGAAUAGAACCUGGUAAUGAUCAAGCUAAGAGCGUCAUUGAAGUUAUAAAGAUCGUUGUGAACGAUGACGUCAUCAACCUUGAGGCAUCAGACUUGCCUCACAGGUCAGGAUUAGAUCUGAAUGUUCUUCCAAAAGGAUAUGAUCCAGUCCAUCCUUCUCCCAAUCAUAUAGAUGAAGAAGCAGGAAGUCAUCGUAAUGAAGGAGCUGUGGAUGUUGCUGUUUCAAAACUCAAUGGAUACCAUCAAAAUAUGUUUGAUGAAACAAGUUUGUCAGAGAAAAGUGAAUCUCAUGGAAACCCUUCAAGUAGAUCACGGCCAGCCGAAGUUGUUCCUUCUUUGACUAUACAUCAAACACGGAGCAACGACGAUAACGCAAGCAGAGAACAUAAAUUACUCAUUCCGGAUGAGUCAUUGUCAAGUGAAGUGGUUCCGAGUUUGAGGAAUGGCGAUCACCUCAGUGGAGAACCAAAGAUGGAAUUUCAUUCAGGUGCUGUCGUUCAUCCUGUCCCGUACUCCACCUCAAGCUCGAAUAAUGGCGAUCAGCUCAGUGGCGAACAGAUUAGUCACCUGAAAAAAGGAGCACCUUCGUUUCUCCCUGGGAAUUUGCCUCAGUGGUUGUAUGGUAAUAAUUCAGGGGGAAUGAGUGGACCUCAUCCUUUGGUCCAGCUUUACGAUGGAUUGCGUUCUGGAUUCCUACCUCCGGACCUACCAAUCUAUCAUGUAGAUAACUUGUCUGAGCCGAGGGUUUUGAAGUCCGUAUGUGAGGAUGGUAAGUUUUUUGGUCGCAGUUCUUCUCUGGAACACAAGGCUUUUCUUCCUCCGGGCUACCCCGCAGAGCCGCCUCAGCUGCCCGGACCAAUGUGGCCACCAGUAAGGCAGUUGAAUGUGGCGAAUGCAUGGUACCCAAGUACUGGUGUUGGUCACUUCCCGCCAGGAGGUCUUCCAGUACUGCCAAAUUCAGGAAUAUCCCAUGGUUAUACUUCACAUACUGAACCUAGUUGUUCCACCAUGCCAUAUGUUCCAGCUCAGGACACUAAAUCCCGAGGCUUUCCGACUCCCGGCUUUUUACCUCCCUGCAAUCAUCCAUUAGUAGCGCCGCAUGCAUCAACUUCUGGUGGAUUACCAUGGGUUGUACCUCUGAUCAACACUGUUAUCCCUGAUCAGAUGCCUAGAAAUUCCUUUGAUUAUCGUGGAGGAUUUCCAGUGGAAGGUAGAUUCAUGCAAAACGGUAACGUUGCUCCUUUGUACUACGGUCAACCACCUGCAGUAUUUCCAACAGCCAUUGGCAUUCCUGAACCUUCUAGUUUACCCUCGGAACCGAACAUGAGGAGGUUCCCACCUAUGCCAGAACAUCACGAGAGCGGACUCUUCACCAAGGACCCGAUAUGGAGAGAAUCGAGAUGGAAGUACGAAGGACUAAAUGGAUUGGAAGGUCCGUUUACUCUCGAUCAACUGUCGCAGUGGUUUCACUCCGGUCAGCUCUACAACUCCUUGAAGAUUCAUGACUCUCUCUUGGCUAUAGGACCUUUAGUGUUGGAGAAUCUGGUAUCAAUGGCACAUGCAGGUGUUUUGUCUCGUCAUUUGACGAGCAAGCCAAGUCAAGUUCAUGCCGGAAUACAACUAGAUUCUGGUUCACAAUCUGUGGAAGCCAACACGAACAGGAGCUUUCCGGGGAAAGCUGUAGAUCGUUCUGUUGCUGAUGAAAGAAAUCCGGAUCUUACUCCUCGCACCAGUUGGAAGGCCACAAAAGACCACAAGGAAACUUGUCUAACUGGACUUCUGAACGAGGACCAAUCAUCAGAAGCGGGAUCAUGCCCUCCUGGCUUUGAAACAUGUCCACCAGGCUUUGAGUUUGUAAGGAGUCCACAUUUUGAAACAUCCCAAGACGCUAAAGGCAGUCCUCCAUGUAAAGUUUCAUUGUGGCAGUCACCGUCACAAUCUCAACACCGAGCAUCGGCAUCAGAAGCAGUAACAACGAAAACUUCCACACAAGAAGUCCUACCUUCAGAUCCACGGCAAGAGUCCACUGGGAUGAUGACGAAAAGGAUAACACCAUAUAGUGAAGUGGCCACUGUUGUGUCUCCGAGGAGUAUUACAUCCAAAUCAAACACGGUUGGCUGCUCCACAGAUCUCACAGAUGUGAAGGACAAACUUCUUUCCUCAGUGAAAUCAGAAGACUUCUCAAUCAAACGACAUAAGAUUAUGGACAAAGUUAAAGUAGUGGCGGGUGGUCAUUGCAAUGGUGUUGAGGCAGAGUUUUUAAAGCUGAAGAAAGUGAAAUCGGGCAGAGAGCUGGCAGUUCCAAUGAAGCGGCAUACAUCUGAAUCCUUAUCAGGGAGAGAUUUGGCCGUUCCAGUAAAGCGACAUAUCUCUGAGCCUAAGUUGAACAGCUUAUCCAUUUCUGCUGCAAAAUCUCAGUCUCGGAUGGGAGGUCAUGUCAGCCAGAAGAGACCUAACACAGGUAUAUGUGGACAUACAGUUGUAGGCAAUCGCGUCUUGGUAGAGAAGGGGACAGUUCAGAAAGGGGAACUUACUCCUGAUUUUGACCGUAAGAGUGACACAGUCAAAGAGGAAGUUAGCGUGAAGAAACCUGGAUGCAAUCCCCAGUCGGUGUCUCAUCUUCUGCCUGAUUGCUCUUUAGCUUCAAGCAAAUUGGAGCACAUAGAUGAUUCGAGACGAACCCUACUUGAGAAUGAGACAGUCCGCGAAGAGAAGUCAGCAGUCGGUGGCGAAUUGCAGAAGAUCCUAAAGAAACAAGUCAAAGCUUGGAAGAAGAAGACUCUUUCUGAUUCGAUGGAUGGCCUUGGUGAGAGGAAUAGGAAAUGGAAGGUCAAAACAUCCGACAGUAGUGAAAGAGUAGAUAUUGUUGAGAAGCCCUCAAGUCUUUCUGCCGUCAAGAGUUCAGAUAUAGUAGACAGGCCCUCAUUUAGGGACAGGAAAUUAAUUCUACGGGAGUUGGUCAAAAGAGCUCGGUUUCAAAAUGAUGUGAACAGGGUUCAAGGCUUUGAAACUUUGGUAGGGUUGGUGAAAUCAAAGGACGUGGAAGUAGAGGGUCUUGUAGAUCGUGACCCAGAGUCGGAAGAUGGGUCACUAUGUUCUCCGAAAAAACCUGGUGUAAGUCGAAUAGAAGCGGAAGACAGGAAGAAAAUAAUCUUCCACUCAGAGGCCAUCUGUCCAAGUGAUCUUUCUGCUACUUACGUUAGGGAUGAAGACUACUCUCUUGAUCAGAAAGGAGGUAGCCAAAGAAGGCAUGCAAGCCUGAAUAAGAAAUUACGUCCUGCAAAAGAACUUGAGAUAGCCAAGGAGGAAUGUCUAAUUUUGAGGCAAUCGAUGAGUACAGAAGAGGCUUCCAACUUUCCUGAAGAAAUGGUUGCCGUCACUGCCAAGUAUAUGGGUAGUCCACAUCCCUUGUCAAGUCCAGAGAGAGAAAAUCGAGUUGUGAAGAAGAAAUCUAAGCUGGAUAAGAAACUUGUGGCGAAUAGCGGGUCGAAGACUUUGGAAGAACUCUCCGAUUUACCGCACAAGGUAGUGGAUGCUGGUAUGGAUCGAAGUCUGAAGGUUCUGGAGAUGUCGUCAAGUUUAACUAAUAAGUUACAGGGUGGUGUUAACAAAGUGAAACGUCGAAAGAAUGGCGUACUCCAGAAGGAGUCACAGGUUGGAGAAGAUCUUCCUCUUUCUCCUUAUCAGGAAGGGGAAAACAGUAUUGUUCCACUCAUGGAGAGAGAUGUGAUGCCUGCAGAUUCGGUUGGGAAGGUCUUCAUCAGGAAGAAGCAGCUUAAGGGUAAGAAAUUUGUUCUUGGGAGAGAAUCCACUAGCUUGGACGCACCGGAAGAUCUGCGAACGGGGCGGCCAGACAGUGGUGUGAAUGGUCAUUUUGGAGGAAAUCAAGAGAAAUUUCAGAAGUUGGCAAGAAAAGUUGUUAGGGCCUCGGCGAAGGGUAAGAGUAUACCAGCACCUGAACAACAUGCAAAGACUCCUCUAGGGACCCCCUUUCUGCAUCAAAAUGGGAUUGAUAUGGAUUCCAGUCAAAAUACCCAAUUUAUAAAUAGCCCUCAAAGUCCUACUGGAACAGCACGUAUCGAGGACGGUAAAGUGAGGGAUACACAGAGACUAAGUCCCAUCAUAGAGUCAUCAAAUCUGGAAAAGUCCUUAGAUGUACAGAACAACGGGACGGUUAAGUUGACAGGUCAAAAGCGAACGAAGCGAGACAGCUCUGUAAGUUCUGCUAAGAAAGUUAGGAUCGAAGGACAUGUUACUAGAAACAAGAACAGCGUGCCUCAGAAAGGUCGCCUGACUGUGCUCAAUCUACCCUGUGCAUUGAAUGAAGGUGGUGAUGUUGAUGUUGAUGAGCCAGAGAGGGAAGAGAUUUUUGUAGAACCGGAAAGUGGUAGAGGUGUUAACAUUCCGACCUAUUGUGUGAGGGAUAAGAAUUAUAAGCUUGAAACAAUGGAUAGGAAUGUUGCAUCAGAGGUUUGUGAGGGACAGACUCUAUCAAUGAAGGUUGGAACACCUCUUUCAGUCUCGAAGCAAUGUGGAGACCCGGUUUCAGCGGAAGAAGUAGCAAGCGGGAAGUGUGCAAGGUGGAAUCAUUUAAGUUCGUCUAUGGUGGAACAUAACGAUAGUCAUGAAAGUCUUCAUGGUGCUGACCCAUCAGCGGAGGAACCAAUGGAGGAGAAGAAGAAGUUUAGAGUGGAGAAGACUGCUGACGUGACUAACCCUCCUUGUGUAGAAAGGCGUCAGAGUCCAAAGAUUAAAUUUGGAGACAGAUUUCUUAUUCGAAAGCACGAACUUGAAGGCAGGGUUCGUGUCAGUGAUGAAGAUAAGAUCUUAGAGAAAACGCCAAGGUUUCAGAACAGGGCGAAGAUUGCCCUUCUAGAUAUAGGGACAUGUAUAGGCCAGACAUCUGCGUUUGCCAAGUGUGCUCCGAGACAUUCUACUUCUGACAGAAAUGCAGAGGCAAUACUGACCAAAGACAGUAGUUAUGCUGUUCAGCCAACGGCGAAGAAAAAGAAAAACUGUGGUGAGCACAAACAGGCCAGGAUGGACAAGAAGUCUUUGCACUAUAACAAUCGUGUGGAAUCGCUGAACGAAAAGUGUUCGAGAGCUUCCUCGAGGAAGAGCGACACGUCAGCCCCUGAUGAAGCGAAUGAGAGGCUUGCAAAUGGUUUUGAAGCUAGUGGAGAGGAGCGUCCAUCCUUAGGAGGACCAAUCAGCGGUCUCUUUGAGGCAUUACCUAAAGAUUAUGUGCACAGUAGAUCAACAACACCGUCAGCUGUCAGAACACAUCGUUCACAGGGUCUUGGAUCUGGACGGUCAGAAGGCCCGUCAAUAUCUUUACCUGAAACAGCAGUUCUUGAGCAAGCGUGGUCGGAAACGAGCUCACAGGACACUGUACCGUGCGCGACAAUCAAACAAAAGCUGAAUGGCUGUGCAAAUUUUAAGGAUGAGGUGACAGACGUCCUCACUGUUCAAGUUAUUCCUGGUUCCUCUCAAGCGAUGAAGGUCUUUGUCGAUGAGCGACCAAACACCUCAUCUUUCACCAGGGCGAAAGAUGAUCUCGUAGGAAGCUUGGAAGUUCAACAGGAUUCCAACCCUUUGGUAUCAAGGGGAUGUGCUCGGUGUUCCAUAAAUGGGUGGGAAUGGCGAAACGGUAUGGGGAAGAAAGUACGUCAGGAGGACGGAGUUCGAGCACGAGGUGCUCCUCGAUUACAAAAAGUAGCUGUCCUUUCCGGUGUGACUGGGCAGCGGCCUGUUACCAAGUCUCGUCGAGGAAUUAGACGUGUGAAGCAUACAGAAAUUGCUUGUGGUUCUACUGGGUCGCGCACCAUGGCUAAGAUGCCCUUUAGUACUCCAAGUUCAGCGCGUACCAACAGAGCUGCACUUCGUAAACUUGCAAUUGCCGCAGAGGGUUCUGAUGUUUUGAAACUCAGCCAAUUGAAGGCACGAAAGAAACGUCUGAAGUUUCAGCGUAGCAAAAUCCAUGAAUGGGGUUUGAUCGCUGUGGACCCAAUAGAUCCUGAGGACUUUAUCAUAGAGUAUGUGGGCGAACUCAUACGAACUAAGAUAUCUGAUCUUCGAGAGCACCUUUACGAAUCAAGGGGGAUUGGUAGUAGCUAUCUGUUUCGUAUAGAUGAUGAGUUCGUGGUAGAUGCUACAAUGCGUGGAGGUCUAGCCAGAUUCAUCAACCACUCAUGUGAUCCUAAUUGCUAUACAAAAAUCAUAACAGUUGAUGGUCAGAAAAAAGUCGUCAUCUAUUCAAAGCGGCAUAUACGUGCUGGGGAAGAGCUGACGUACGACUAUAAGUUCCCACUUGAAGAGAAGAAGAUACCCUGCUGUUGUGGUGCUGCAAAGUGUCGGGGAUUUAUGAACUAAGAUCCAUCUCUUCAGAUGAUGAAUCUUGUUUUUCUGGUGUUGCAGUAUACAGCAAUCCCUACGAGGAUCUGCAGAUGGAUUACGAAGAGAAUCUGGUUGCUGUGGUGCUUCGUGACGCAUCCAAAAUUAUUCGCAAGUCAUUGUAGGAGGAGGGCAAGGCAAGAUGCUGAAUAUAGCUUUGGACACAAAAGUAAGCCUUGGCUUCUGCAAUCCCGAAGUUAAUCGGGAAUUAUGUCGAUGUUGGGUCAAUGAUGUUGACUUGCGUAUGCGAAGACUUGUCAAAUUACAUUCUUGAAUGUCGUCUUCAGGACCAAUCUUGAUCAUGAAGAUCUACUUAUGAAUUCACUGCAAUUUCACCCGGAGACAGGCACACAUUCUAAUGGUUUUGUGAUGGUUAUAAGUACUGUCCGAUGAACUACCCGAGGAUGAUGAACCUCGUACGGAAGAGCCAAUCGACAGAUAAGCUUGGAUUCCGGCGUCCUUGCUCGUGAGAAUGAUCUGCUCUUAAAACUAGUGACAUAGUUGGAGACCCUGUUCUUGACCCUGGCUUAUUAGACGUCCGCCUUCAUUCUUCUGUCUGCUGUAUUUGAGAGUAAAGCUUUUGAGACUCAUGUAAAUAAAUACCUUCUAGGAGGAGGACAUUUUUUGUUGUAUUCGACGCUGGCUGCUUGUUUUAUAUGGAAUAAAGGAAUGAUGGUACAGCUGGGAGUGGAUGCCUCCUCCAUACACACCGCAACCUCAUACAGGUUCACUUGAGUGACAUAUGAGAGGCGGAAUUUAUAGGGACCAUAUCCGGAUUUGCGGCCGCUGCACCCGGUGCAGCUAGCAGAAACACGUCAACUAUGCAUGUACUUGCAGGUGUACCUGCAUCUGAUGUUUGCUUCCCAAUUUACUCAAAUUGACGCAUCGCGAGCAGUUCCAGCCAAGCAAGUUUCGAGACGUUAUUUGUCCCCUAAGAUUAAUUUCCAGUUUGAUUGAAGGUCCAACAUUUAUCAGCAAUACACGCAGUUCCUGAGUAGAAAUAGGGCUGGCAUGAAAAGUUGUUCCCCAGUCAUGUGAGUCAUUGAAUGGAAGGAUGAAAGCUUGGAAAGCGAACCUCAUGUUUACCUGACACAUAUUUUUCUCGUUGAUCUAAUCAGAGAGAGUUUUUUAACUCUAAAAUGGCGCCAUGAUAUAUGAAGACGAGAAAGCAAGUUUAGUUUCAAAGAUGUGGUCUAUAUUCCCUCAUGGUCUAUCAGUUCCUCUUUUUGAGGUAGUUUCUCUUUCAAUAUGUGUCACACAAUCCUCUAAAAAG